ACCACAAACAAAAAAAAUCUUAAAUAAGAACAAUCUUUUAAAAUUUUGUGUGGAGUGUGAAACCAAAAAAAUGUGUUACAAAAUUCUUCCACCUCUUGUUAUUCUUCCGGAGAACUUCCACGAAAAUACGACGGUGGCAGAAGUGACGGCCGCGACAGAGGUGGAAGCCAGCGCUGGUCACCGUAGCGGUGGCGGUGGAAAGAAGAAGUGUGUGUGUUCACCGUCGAAGCAUCCAAGAUCGUUCAAGUGUAGGUAUCAUCAACAUGAAUAUCAAUGGCUUCCUUCAUCUUCAUCUUCAUCCCUCCACAAAUAACACAUAUCAUCAAUUCAUCAUGUAAACAAUAAUUAUAGUUUUAUAUUUUUAUUAUUCAUGGUUAUUUUAAUUUCCUAAGUAUUUCAAUCAAAGUAGAAAUUGUGUUGUCAGAAUCUUUAUAUAACGAUGUUGUUUGAUCGACAAAGUUCGAAAAAAUCGGCAGCAAUAAUCUUUUUUAAGGAAUACGUGGUUACUAAGAAUUCUGUAUAA